AUGGAGAAGACAAUAAGGGGUAUGGAAAAAGACAAUGCUCUUAAAACUGUGAGAGAAAAGAGCAAAAGGACUAUAAAACCGGCACCGUUCAUAAGAACACCAUUUAAGAACACCAACCCAGCUAUAGUUGUCCCCAAAAAAGUUAACCAGCCCAUGGUGCUUGGUGGACAUGGAUAUGAUCCAUUCGAGCCAGCGAAUAUGCAGAAAGUUAAGGUUCUAGAUGAUUGGUUGCAAUUGGAUGAGUAA